AUAUAUUACUCCCAUUCACUCAUCUUUCUCUAAUACUCUCUCUCUCUCUCUAUGUAUAUUUCUAUAUCGAUGUGCAUAUUCUUUUCUCUGCCUCAUCUUCUUCUUCGUUUCUUACUCUGUUUCUUCAAAAAAGAAACUCAAUCUUCAGUUUAGUUACGAAUAUGUAUCUGCCUAUGGGAAACAACAACUGAUCUCCGUUUAAUGGCGAGCUUGACGAUGGAAGAGAAGCAACUGGACUUCAACCGCCCGCUUCUAUCAGUUAGACGUCCCGCACACGCUUCAGAGCCCGAGAGCAAACCAAGAUCUUCCGAUCCAGUAACCAACAAGACCCCUCCUCCUUCUGCUCCACCGGUUUACAAGUCUGAUAUCAAGUCAGGUCCCGUAAGGAACCCAGGAACCGUCCCUUUCCAAUGGGAACACCAGCCGGGAAAACCAAAAGACGAAACCAAACCGGGUUUACAAAGCUUCGUUGAGCCACAUUAUGUGCCAAAGCCUCCUCCUGGGAGGGGUAGAGAACGACAAGUAUCAUCAGUGUGGAAGCCUGAAACCAGAGUGGAGGAUGCAAAGAGUUGUGAUGAACAGGAUCUAAUGAUGGGGAGGUUCUUGCCUGCUGCUAAGGCAAAGGAACCGGUUAAGAUGAAACAGAACAAAGCUGGGGAUAAUCAGAUUUGCUUGAGAAGCUCUUUUGGAGUGUUGAAUCCUGUUCCGUCUGUGAGGAUGCAGGCGCAGAGAGCUGUUUCUGUUCGUCGUAUGCGUUCUAAGUAUCAAGAUAAUUCUAAUGAGCCUGUCAACGAAGAUGAGAGGAAGUUGAGACUAAAUGGUUCAGUUGCACAAGGUGGGUCAUUAGCAGUUGAAAGCUCUUCUUGCACUUCACGCGCUAAAGUCAGCAGAAACUUUGGUGAGCUCUUGGCUAGUGAUGAUAAUGCAUGGAAACCUUCUUCAGAGUCUCCUGUGGCUGAGAAAACUCUGUAUGUAGAUACUGUGCAUUCAGUAGACAAGGAGGUACAAGAAGAGUCCAUGGAGCAAUCUUUACUUACAGAAGAAGUGAAGAACUUGAUUAGACCCGGUGAGGAAAGUGUUAUAAGAGAUGAGGCUUUCACUGAGUGUACUGAUCAAGCUAUUGUUGCACUGCCAAAGUCCAAUGUGGUAGUGGAGGUUACAAAGGAGAAGAUUGAUCUUGAAGCCAAGUUUCAGAGAAACACAAGGAAUCUUGAAAGUACCAGGCUUCACCAACGUUCAAGUUAUCAUAUUGUGCCACCACCACCAUUACCAAAAGCUCCUUCAGAUUCUUGGUUGAAGCGUACAUUGCCAACAAUCCCACCAAAGAACAACUCAUUCACUUGGUUACAGUCUAUUGGCGCUGAUGGUAAUAAGAUUAAUCAAGCAAGUCCCAAGUGGGAAACUAUGGUCAAAACCUCCAAUGCACAGCAAGGCUUUGUGUGCUUCUCCAAGGAGACACUCAACCCUAUACCAGAGGCGUAGCAAGAUCUGUAUGUUUUCCACACCAACUUACUUGUAAAUUUCAACAAUAAAGAUGGGAUGAGCCAAUAAAGUUUAGGAUUUUUAGUAUAUAUCAUGAAAUAAAAGGUUCCUAAAUGAGAAAAGCUAUGAAUAUAGGUGUGGGUUUGUUUCUUCUUGUUGAAGUAAUGUACAGCUAACAGAGAUUUUUGUGGCAAUAAUACUCCAUAAUACCACGUGACA